GCGCAGGCGCGCCAGGCGCCCCGGUUCUGGAGCGUAAACAAGAGCGGGGCCGGGAUGAGGCGGCGGUUGAUGCCCGCGCGACGAGGGGCGGCGAGCGAGGCGGCGAGCGGGGCCCGGCGCCGACCCUGAGCUCCCCCGAGCUGCCCUCGAGCGCGCGAGUCCCCGGCCGGGCCCACCCGCCGCGCGCCCACCAUGAACCUGGCGAGUCAGAGCGGCGAGGCCGGCGCCAGCCAGCUGCUCUUCGCCAACUUCAACCAGGACGUCACGUCUCUAGCUGUUGGUAGUAAAUCCGGUUAUAAAUUUUUCUCCCUUUCUUCUGUGGAUAAACUGGAACAGAUCUAUGAAUGCACUGACACGGAGGACGUGUGCAUCGUGGAAAGGCUCUUCUCUAGCAGCUUGGUGGCCAUCGUCAGCCUCAAAGCGCCCCGCAAGCUGAAGGUCUGCCACUUCAAGAAGGGCACUGAGAUCUGCAACUACAGCUACUCCAACACCAUCCUGGCCGUGAGGUUGAACAGGCAGCGGCUGGUCGUGUGCCUCGAGGAGUCUCUGUACAUCCACAACAUCCGGGACAUGAAGGUGCUGCACACCAUCCGGGAGACGCCCCCGAACCCCGCAGGCCUGUGUGCGCUGUCCAUAAACAACGACAACUGCUACCUGGCGUACCCCGGCAGCGCCACCAUCGGGGAGGUGCAGGUCUUCGACACCAUCAACCUGAGAGCUGCGAACAUGAUCCCGGCGCACGACAGCCCGUUAGCCGCCCUGGCCUUUGACGCCAGUGGAACCAAGCUCGCCACUGCUUCCGAGAAGGGGACCGUGAUUCGGGUGUUUUCCAUUCCAGAAGGACAGAAGCUCUUCGAGUUCCGGAGAGGCGUGAAGAGGUGUGUGAGCAUCUGCUCGCUGGCCUUCAGCAUGGACGGCAUGUUCCUGUCCGCGUCCAGCAACACCGAGACUGUGCACAUCUUCAAGCUCGAGACUGUGAAGGAGAAACCUCAGGAGGAGCCCACCACCUGGACGGGCUACUUCGGGAAGGUGCUCAUGGCUUCCACCAGCUACCUGCCCUCCCAGGUGACAGAAAUGUUCAACCAGGGCAGAGCCUUUGCCACGGUCCGCCUGCCUUUCUGUGGCCACAAGAACAUCUGCGCGCUGGCCACAAUCCAGAAGAUUCCGAGACUGCUGGUGGGAGCCUCUGACGGGUACUUGUACAUGUACAACCUGGACCCCCAGGAGGGCGGCGAGUGCACCCUGAUGAAACAGCACAAGCUGGACGGCAGCAUGGAGACCACCAACGAGAUCCUGGACUCCACGUCUCACGACUGCCCCCUGGUGGCGCAGGCCUACGGCACGGCUGCGGCCAAGGGUGCGCCGGUGCCUUCAUCCCCGACCGCACUUGCCUACACGGACGAGCUGGGCGCGGCGGGCGGCGCGGGUCUGGAGGACGAGGCCAGCGCCCUGCGGCUGGAGGAGGACAGCGAGCAGCCUCCCAUGAUUCUGCGGACGGACUGACCUUGACCUGUGAACCCUUCAGAGCCCUGAGGCAGAGGACACUGACAGAGGACUUCAUGUGAUGCUGCUAUGAACUUUGACCCGAGAUGGGGCGAGGACGGCAGAGACUUCAAGAGGAAAACAAAGCUUGUAGCUGUGGUUUCAUCCCACGCUGUUGAGAAAUACAUCGUUUUCACUUCAGUGGCUUUUAAUCUGGCUUAUAAGUUUUAGCUUUUUGUUUCUUUUCUCUUUUUGCCAAAAUUAACUGUUUGGUGGAGCCCUCGAAACCUCCUUGCUUUGCAUGUAUUCCUGUGCCAAGCCCGCCUGGGGGAGCUAGCGCCGCUUGGUGAGAAGCGCAGGUGGUGGGGUUUGACUCUGCACAGCGUGUGGCGCGCCCGAGGUGGCGGGCAGCGCGGGUCUGGUUCUGCUCAGGCGGGGCCGGCGUGGGGGGGGCUCUCUCCCCAGAGCCCCUCCGGGACCACUUUCCCCGUUUUAUUUUGUUAAUUAAAUUUUUUCCAAAUUGGA